AUGCUGCGCACACAGAGGAUAGCCAAGCUUUUCGGCCUUGCCAACGACUGCGUCCUCAACUUCACCGACACGAACACCGACAAGAAGUCAAACAACUCGUGCCUCAACCGACAUUGCUUGAACUUACUUCAACUCCUCAAAAUGCCGCAUGUCAUUCCGUCAACAUCCGCAGAGGCGUCCCUUGGGUCGCGGAAGCAGUCCAUCCUCGUUCUGGACGGGCCUGGCAUCUCCUCCGAUCUCUUCGCCUACCCGAUCUCGUGGUCCGCACGGAACACGAUCGCAGUGGCUUGCGGCUUCGAUGUUUACUAUCAGGAGCUCAACUCCCAGAAGAUCUCGCACCUCUGCAAGCCCCCGCAAUGA